GGAGGAGCCGCGAAGGCGGCUCGAGGGCCGGGUGUCCGAGCCUGGGAAAGCCCCGCGGGGGAGGGGCGAUGGUUGGGAGGUAGGGUUUUGGGGAGGUGAAGCCAGAGUUAUUCCUGCCUCCGGUGAGGACCCUCCUCCGAGGGCCUCCCCACCAGUUGCCCAGUAGCGAUCCUCACCUCCGCCCCUAGGCUGGCUCCUAUUUCACCGGCUCCUGCAAUGACAGCUGGAGGGCCUAGGAGACAAAGUUCCCCGCUCUCCCCUCUGGUCUCCCACCCUCCACCCUCUCCCCAGAGAAUCGGUUGAUUCCUGACACCCCCAGGCAAGGGCCCUGGGGGGUGAGGAGCGCUGAAGGGCUGGUGCUGGUUCUGAGAGACCUGCAGGUGAGGGUGGCAGGCUGAUUUCCAGAGCUGACCUGAGCUUAGCUUGCAGAAAUGGCUUCAAGGCCUUCGCCUUGGUCCACCUUCAAAGGGUCUGUGGCCGGAUCCCCAGGAGGAGUUAUCCUGGGUUGCCAUGAGGGAGACCUUCGAGGCCCUCAGGUCCCUGGGACUCUCGGUGGGACAGCCGGAGAUGGCCCCCCAAAGUGAGCCUGGGGAAGAGUCCCAUAAUGCCCAGGAACAGAUGUCCCCUCCCCAGGAAGAGAGAGUGCUGGGCAAAUGCUCAGCGCCAGUGGGGAGCUCUGUCCAUCUCUGAUGUCUGCGGCGUCCUUGAGGUAGCCUGUUCUCUGCCAGGGCGCGAGGCCCCCAGACCAGAGGAAGGUGCCCACACUGAACAAGCUGAAGCUCCCUGCAGAGGAGGCCGGGCAUGUGCACCACGGAAGGCUGAGCCCAUGGGCUCCUGCCCAGGGGAGGAGUGGAUGCUUCGGAAGGUGAAGGUGGAGGAGGAGGUUCGGCAGGCAGAAGAGGAGGGGGAAUGGCCGCAGCGUCUGUCAUUACUCCCCAGCCCCUUCCCCGCACCUGACCUGGGGCCUCUGGCCGCCGCCUACAAGCUGGAGCCGGGGGCCCCAGGGCCACUGGGUGGGCUCGCGCUGGCGGGGUGGGUCCCGGCCUCGGAGAAGCCCUAUGGCUGCGGGGAGUGUGAGCGCCGCUUCCGGGACCAGCUGACCCUGCGGCUGCACCAGCGGCUGCACCGCGGCGAGGGCCCUUGCGCCUGCCCGGACUGCGGCCGCAGCUUCACGCAGCGCGCGCACAUGCUGCUCCACGAGCGCAGCCACCGCGGCGAGCGGCCCUUCCCGUGCUCCGAGUGCGGCAAGCGCUUCAGCAAGAAGGCCCACCUGACCCGCCACCUGCGCACGCACACGGGCGAGCGGCCCUACCCGUGCGCAGAGUGCGGCAAGCGCUUCAGCCAGAAGAUACACCUGGGCUCGCACCAGAAGACACACACGGGCGAGCGGCCCUUCCCCUGCCCCGAGUGCGAGAAGCGCUUUCGCAAGAAGACGCACCUGAUCCGCCACCAGCGCAUCCACACGGGCGAGAGGCCGUACCAGUGCACGCAGUGCGCGCGCAGCUUCACGCACAAGCAACACCUGGUGCGGCACCAGAGGGUCCACGAGGCGGCCGGCCGCGCCCCGUCCUCCCCCGACGCGCCCUUCUCGCCCACGUCCCCUGCCCCGUCCCCCACUCCGUCCCCUCCCGGGCCCAAGCCUUUCUCCUGCUCCGACUGCGGCCUGAGCUUCGGCUGGAAGAAGAACCUCGCCAUGCACCAGCGUCUGCACCGCGGCGAGGGGCGCCCUUUCGGGUGCGACGAGUGCGCACUGGGCGCCGCCGUGGACCCCGCCGCUGCCACCGAGCCCUUGGCCUGCGCGCCCCCGGGCGCUCCUGCGAGCCAGCGGUCCUUCCUCUGCCCGGACUGCGGGCGCGCCUUCGCCCACGGGCAGCACCUGGCGCGGCACCGGCGGGUGCACACGGGCGAACGGCCCUUCGCCUGCGCGCAGUGCGGCCGCCGCUUCGGCUCGCGGCCCAACCUGGUGGCCCACUCCAGGGCCCACAGCGGCGCCAGGCCCUUCGCCUGCGCGCAGUGCGGCCGCCGCUUCAGCCGCAAGUCGCACCUGGGCCGCCACCAGGCGGUGCACACGGGCAGUCGGCCCCACGCCUGUGCCGUGUGCGCCCGCAGCUUCAGCUCCAAAACCAACCUGGUCCGCCACCAGGCCGUCCACACGGGUUCCCGCCCCUUCUCCUGCCCUCAGUGCGGCAAGAGCUUCAGCCGCAAGACCCACCUGGCGCGACACCAGCGCAUCCACGGCGGCACCGCCGCCGACCCGACCUCCGAAUCUGACCUCUUGGCUCCCGCCUGGCCCACUCCCACCGAGGGGGCGGCAUCCCCUCUCUUUUUCUGAGCCUCGUUCUAGGCCGGACCCUGCCUUUGCCUUCUUUUGUUCCCUGGUUCCGGAGACCCACGCCCGACGACAUCUCCUGGGCGGAGGAGCACGACGGCCUGGACAGCCUCUGGCCAUUUUCCUUCCCUCUCUGUCUUGCUGGGGAGAAGUCUGGAAAGGAUAACCGGCUUUGACAUUCUGGGGCAAAAACAGAGCUGAGAGUGAAUCCUUGCUAGGAACAGUUUAGGCCGAGUUCCUGGAAAUCUCCCACCCAGAGACCCCAUCGGAAAGCAGACAUUUCCCAGACCACUCCUGACCAAAGACUGAGUCAGGAACCCCUACGAGGGAGGGAAAGAAUGGUGAUCUGUGUACUGAAAGUUUCAUUAAAAUUGCAAUCUGAAGGUUCUGGGGCUGUGAAAU